GGGGCGGUAGUGGCCAUGGAGCGGGCCGACGGCCGGCCCUGCGCCCCCCAGUACGUGCAUGUGCAGCUGCAGGGGGGCGCACCCUGGGGCUUCACGCUGCGCGGAGGGCUGGAGCACGGCGAGCCCCUCAUCGUCUCCAAGGUGGAGGACGGGGGCAAGGCUGCACUGUCUCGCCGGCUGCAGCCGGGUGAUGAGCUGGUGAACAUCAGCGGGACACCGCUGUACGGGUCCCGCCAGGAGGCCCUUAUCCUCAUCAAGGGCUCCUACCGCACCCUGAAGAUGAUCGUCCGCAGGUGGCCGCUCCUCUCCCUUCCUGCCUGCCUGCCUGCUGCCUGCCUGGGAAAGGAAACAGAGGCAGGGCCAGGUCCUGCAGUCCCCGUCCCCCCCGACCCACAUCCACUCCCUGGCUGCAUCCUGACUGGGCUCCAGCUCUGGAUAAAACCCAGGGCUGGGGUGGUGCAGGGCUCUGCCCAUGGGGCAGGGCUGCCACAGUGCUGUGCCGGGGCUCAACAUCAUCCAUGGAGGAGUGUGCCCGUCCUCCGGCCCCAUUCCUGGCACGUGGCCAAGCUCACCGAAAACCGGCCCGACGUCCCCUCUAUGCACUGCCCCGCCGAUGCCUUCAGCCUCUCCUGGCCCUCGGGGUGUGAUGCCAGUGAGCUGUCCCUGCAGUGGAACCCGCUGUCCCGGCACUGCAGCACUGAUCGGAGCAGCUCCAUCGGGAGCAUGGAGAGCCUGGACCAGCCUGGCCAGGCCUACUAUGAAGGGGACCCCUCACCCGUUGACCAGGGCAUGUAUCACAGAAAGCGAGACUCGGCGUACAGCUCCUUCUCUGCCAGCUCCAUCGCCUCUGACUGCGCCCUCUCCCUCCGCCCUGAGGAGGCUGCCUCUAUUGACCCUGGUCUCCAAGGGCCCAGCAAGCCCCCAGAUGGGCGCUACCUGACCACAGGGGCUGAGCCACCCUUCAGCCGGCAUCCUGAGGUCUGGAGGGCUUCCGUGCCUCCCCAGCCCCCUGUCAGGAGGGACAGCCUGCGGGCAGCUAGUGGAGGGGACAGGCGCCGGGCAUUGGUGUCCACGGACAUGCUGCAUGCCAAGGGCCGGUGGAUCUCUGACACCUUCCUCUGCCAGAGAGAUGGGGAGGUAGAGGCAGCAGGUGGGAGGACGCCGGCAUCAUACCCCACCAAGGACUGUCUCUCUACUGAUCAGUAUUACAUGCUGAGCUCCCACCAGGACCGGUGCCCAUCCAAGCCACUCCUGGGGGAGAGCUUGAAGCCUGGUGACCGGCUGUACCCAGAUGGCAGUGUGCACCGAGUGCCUGAUGCUGGGGUGGUGGGUGACAACCCGCUGCUUUCACCCCUCAAGGGCCACACGCUGCAUCGGCACAGUGCUCCUGAGCAGCUGCUGGCCUCCCAGAUCCGCUCCCUCCAGAUGAGUGCUGACAGUGAGCAAGCCUCUCCAGCCCCUGAUGGGCCUUGUUGGACCCUUUCCCCUCUGCACCCUGAGGACAGCCGACUGGAGUCUGCAGGGGCCACCCAGGAGGCUCCGCUCUGCCCGGAGCCGUGCCGUCGCCUGCCACCCUGCCACUGCUGCCCGGAGCCCCAGCCGGCUGGUGGGCAGGAUGGGCAGAGUUCCAGCCUGACGCAUGGCACAGAGGGGCUAGCGGAGGAGGAGAGCCGGGUGGGGGUCCGGCGAGCUGGGGGUCCUCCUCACCGUUCGGCUCAGAUGCGCCGCCGCAGUGACCGCUUUGCCACAAGCCUGCGCAACGAGAUCCAGCGGCGCAAGGCUCAGCUGCAGAAGAGCCGGGGGCCGGGUGCCCCGCUGCCGGGUGAGGAGCCGGUGGAGGAGGCAGAUGAGCCCCCUGAGGCCAGCGUGCCAGUGGAGGGACCCUGUGCCCCAACUGAGCGCCUCAGCCCUGCACUGAGUGAGGACAGCAGGAGCCCCGGCCACUCGGGGGACCGGGGCAUCCCCACCCCUGACCCGCUGCCUGUCCCCAAAGGGCCCUCAUCCCCUGAGAGGGCGGUGCCAACCGGCCGGGGCUGCUGGCACUGGUCCCCAGAGCACAAGAUGCAGCGGCAGUGCUCACCCAGCCCUGGCAAGCUGCAGGGCUACAGCCAGGGGCCAGCAGCCCCCAGCUCCCCGUCACAGGGCAGCGAGGAGGCCGUCCUCCUGCCCUUCGCUGACCGCCGUCGCUUCUUCGAGGAGAGCAGCCGGCCAGCACCACCCCAGCACAGCAAGCCUCCGGCAGGUGAUCCUGGUGCCUUCCAACCCCCUGGUCCCCAGCGCCGGGAUGCCCGCCACCUCUCCGUGGACCAGCCCUAUGGCUCUCCCUCACCUGGCCGCCCUGGCUCUGCCAGCCCCUACACAGAAUGCUGCCGGGAGCAGCCCCCCUGCUACAAGCCACCGGGGAGGCCAGGGGAGAUGGAGUACCGGCGGGGCUUCUCCUACCCCUAUAGGGGUCCCCUGCACUCUGAAUCCUGCCACUACUGUGGAGGGGAUGUGUGCCUCCCGCUGCUUCCCCGCAGCCAUGCCUGCCAUUGCCACCCCCAGCCCUGGGCACGCUGCCCUGACUGCUGCUGCCCGGCCCCCUGCCCUGGCCGGGAGGAGAGCGACACCUGGGGCCCCCGGAGAGCUUUUGCCACGGAAUUUCCUCCAGAUGAGUGGGAACCUCCAGCAAUAACCAGGAAAGCCAGCCAGUCCAUCAGCGAGCUCUCCCACUACCAAAUGGGCUUCUCAAGGCUUGGCCCCUUCCGCCCCUGCUUUGAGAGUGCCAAGACAGAGUGGCCUCCCUGCUACCGGGCCACAUCCACACAUGACCUCUCAUGGGAUGGUGACCGCCUGGCCCGCUCUCCAGAGAGUCCCCUGGAACCCCUGCACCGCCCACUGCGGGGCAGAGCCUUCUCUGAGAGCCACCUGAACCUGGAGCCUGCCAGUCCUCAGGCCCGUGACCAGAGGGACCUUCUCUGUGCCAAGCUAGACCCUCCUGGCAUCCCAAAAAAGAAGGGCCCUCCACCCCCCCGCCCACCUCCCCCAAACUGGGAGAAGUACAGGCAGCGCCAGAUGUCCCAGCGCCUGUCAGAAGGUCCUGGCCAUGGCUCUGCCUUCGCUGCCACGCCGGUGCCAAGCCGCAGCAUUGUUGAUGUUGUGCUUGAGCGGUCUCGGAGCCUCACCAGGGAUCAGGGGAGCCGGUCCAGGGGUCAUGCCGCGUGGACUCCCACCCUGCCGGAUGCCUGGCCCCGACCUGAGCCUGCUGCAUCGCUCUGCAGGAUGCCUGAGCUCGAUGCUGGCAGUGCCGAGAUUUCCAGGGCAGCAGUGGCUGGGAAGGAGCAGCUGAAGGCAAAGCACACCUGGGAGACGGAGGAGCAGUCCCAAAGGCUUGUCCAGAACCAGAAGAGAGGCCGGGCUGGCCUGCGCAGGGUGAGUGAACGCUCCCUUCCCCUGCGUGGUGUCCCCAGUUCCACCAUCCUGGAGUCACCCAAGCCCAGCUCUGGAGCAGUGGAGGAUGCGAGCUGCCCGGCGCCCCAGCCCCAGCCUCGCUGUGUGGACUCGGAGGAGCUGCUGUGGGAUGUGACAGGCAGGGACCGCUCUCUGGCCACCAUCCUGGACCCCUCGGCCCCCCUCAGCACCACUAGUGCAGUGAUGGGCGAGCUGCUGGUGGCAGGGGAGAGGCAGGCCUGGCAGGAACGUUUUCACCACGACUGGCGCCUGGAGGUCCUGGCACAGGACAGGCAGGGCUUUGAGCCCAUCUCACCACCCCCCUCCAGCACUGCCAGCUCCACCUCCUACCCGGUGUAUUGCGGUGCAGCAGGAGGCAAAGCUGAGCUGCUCAGCAAGGUGAAGGAGCUGCCAGAGGUGGUGGAGGGGAGCUCGGAGGAUGAUGAUGAGGAGAUGGACAGUGAGCUGCUGGAAAAGAAGCUGCAGCUGAUCGAGAGCCUGAGCCGCAAACUGGCCGUUCUGCGGGAGGCACAGCGGGGGCUGCAGGAGGACAUCAACGCCAACGGGGUGUUGGGUGAGGACGUGGCUGCCCGCCUGCAAGCCCUCUGCACACCAGGGGAGUUCGACAAAUACCGCCUCUUCGUGGGUGACCUGGACAAAGUGGUCAACCUCCUGCUCUCCCUCUCUGGACGCCUGGCCCGGGUGGAGGCUGCCCUGAACAGCCUGGGGCCACACGCCCCUGCCGAGGACAAGGUGGCCCUGCGGGAGAAGCAGCGACUGCUGGUGGCACAGCUGGAGGACGCCAAGGAGCUGAAGGAGCACGUGGGACGGCGGGAAGAGGCGGUGGGUGCCAUGGUGGCACGGUACCUACCUGCCGAGCACCUCCAGGACUACCAGCACUUUGUCAAGAUGAAAUCGGCCCUCAUUGCUGAGCAGCGGGAGCUGGAGGAGAAGAUCAAACUGGGCCAGGAGCAGCUCCGCUGCUUGCAUGAGAGCCUUGGCCAGGCCCCCAAGGGCUGCUAGCCCCCUCCCAGCCUCUCUCCGGGACCCUGGCCGUGGCCCCAGCAUGCUGCCAAAGUGGACCCGGCCCCCCAGGGGCUCUGUCUGAAUCCGUCCGUCUGUCUUGCCCCUGCCUUUUAUUUAUUUUUCCAGUUUACCAAGCAGAGGAGGGGGUGCCUGUCCUGGUGCUGGCAGGGGAGGUCAUGCAACAGAGCUGCCUCAGGCUCUGCAGCCACACAGCACCCUGUGGCCCAGCAAGGACCAGAGCCUGCCACCUCUGCCCCGGGUCUUUCUGUGCCCACAGGGGUCCCUCCACCUGGUCUGGAUCGCCAGUGCCUGUCCCACAGCUGGUGCUGCCCAUGUGCCUUAAACAUCCUCCCAGCUGGCCUGAGACAUCCCCACGCAGCACCUGGAAGGGUUAAACCAUCCUCACUCUCCAUCAUGUCUGUUUGUCCAGCUCAGUCCAUCUGUCCGGUGGGAGCUGGAGGAAUUUAGGCCCGGCAUCCUCUUCCUCUCCAUUGUGUCCGAAACAAUGGCCCUGGCCAGUGGAUUCUUAACCCAUUCCCCACCUCCCCCAGGCGUCACAGGGGGACAAGGUUGGUGCUGUGCACCCCUCUCCCAGGGGACACUGUGGUGAGUGUCCCCAAGAUGGUGUCUUGCAAGGGAAUGGGGUGCUAGGAGUGGUAGACUGGGGUCUGUGGGUAGUCCCUGCCACCACUACUGUGGAUGUGGGGAUCCAGCAUCCUCUAGCCCUCACUUCCAGCCUCUGCCCCCAGCACUUGGAGGGAUUAACAGAGGAAAAAACACACUGAAGAGGAAACGGGGUACCUGUCCCCUUCCUCUCUGCCACAGCAGCCCCAGGUAGCACUUAGACCUUACCUUGGGUCACCCUGCAGCCCUGCACUAUUCAUCUGCCCCCAAGGGACAGGCAGGUGCCUUGAUGUUGAUUUUGCACGGGGGUUUCAUGCAACCAGCAGCAGCUUGGGAGGGGGUCAAAGAGUUUUGGGAAGGCAGGAUGGGCCCCAGCCCCUUUUGGGGCUGGCCACGGCUGAACAUCACACCCACAGGCUGCAAGUGGCACCCGAGCCACCACAGCAUUCCCUCUGAGUUACUGCUCCCCCUCUGUGCCCGUCCCCCCCCCCCUCCCCCGACCACUGAACACUAGAUCCCACAUCUGGGAUGCUGCCUGGCAGGAGCAGGGUCCCCUUCAUUGUCCCCCACCCCCAAGGGACACUAUUAGGACCAAAGACUCUACCCUCUGGGGGCAUGGGAGCUGUGAUUCUCCCCGGGGGGGUGACAGCCAUCCGUGCCUUGUGCCGUUCUGCCUCUCUUACACUAAAGGAGCAGAAGCAGCUGCGCAGCUGUC